AUGCUCACCACCCCACACCUCCUCCUUGUCUACAGCUGGAUGCAGGCGCUAGAGUUCUCGUCGCAGUGCCCGAUGUGCCGGACGCAAGUCGCUCGCUCCCGACUGGUCAAGCUGUAUCUCUCGGGCCUGGUGAGCGGGCUGGACGACGAUGAUGGCAACACGACGGGCGUAUCAGGCGCUGGGGCAAACGAUGGAGAGAUUGGGUUGCUCCAGGGAAGGUUGCAUCUUCUCCGCGAGCGGCUGGAGGAGGCAGCGAGCAGGUGCAGGGCAGCCGAGGCCGCGCGCGACGACGCCGUGGUUGCCCGGGACAAGGAGCACCAGGCGGCGCGCAAGGUCAAGAGCGAGGUCAAGAAGCUCAAGGCCAAGAUGGUGGAGAUUGACGGCGCCUACAAGGCUGCGGUCUCGGCUCUCGAUCAGCGGGCGCAGCAGCUGAGCCAGGCUCGGACCGAGCUGCGGUCGGCACUCAACGAGGCUGAGCGAUACAAGAUCAAGGCGACACUGGCCGAGCUCUUCAGUGGCGACGAGCCGAUCUCGGACUCGCACCGGGACACACUGCGUGCCCAGGCGAUCACCGUGCUCAACGAGGCCACAGACCGCGGCUUCUCCGGCGUCAAGAACGCGGCGCUGCAAGUGGUCGAGAUGGUCAUCGACGACCGCCUUGACCUCAUCAACGAGAACAAGCGCCGGCUGCUCUCACUCAAGCACGCCCAGGCCGAUCUUGAGGACAUGGAGAAGCGCAAGCGCAAGUAUCAGGCCGCCGCCCUCCGCCUCCGCGAUGACGUUGCCCGUCUCCGCUCCGAGCGCGACUCGGAGCGCAGGCGCGUUGCCGAGCUCGAGUCUGAGCUCCGCUCCGCCCGCGAGUCCAGGUCCCAUGACUCGGCUCUCCAGGCCCGCAUCGCUGCGCUGGAGGAAAAGAUGGGCACCAGCCCCACGCUGGUCCGCAAGCGCAAGCGCGAGCAUGACAAAGCUGAGUUUAUCGUCAUUGCCGAUGAUGAUGAGGCCGGCAGGACCGGCGGGCGUCGCCCGAGCGCAGCCGGACCUGCAGUGCCGGCAGCAGCGCGACUGCAGAUUGUCAAGCCGAAUCACGAGCGGCAGCGCAAGCCAGGCGCGCUCUCGUCCGAGUUUCUGCACUCGGCCCUCGUUGGGCCGCCGCAAGCUCUGGCGCGGAAGCGCGGCUCGAUGCUCGGUCGUAGCAUGGACUUUGCGACCAUCGAUCCUGUGCCCGACAUGACAUGGAAGAGCCAGCAACCGCCGCUCAAAAAGGGCCGGCGAAGCUCGGGCUCGAGAAGCAGGACAACAACGGCGGCGGCGCCGCUCACAGCAUUCUGGUCUUGA